AUGGACCAAUCCAAAACAAACUUACCACACGCAAAUUGUCUUUCAAAGGUAUAGGCAAAUUAAAAAUCCUAUUAAAUUGAACAGAAACUCUGUUCACAGUCAGACCAUUUCUAAUUAUAUAAGUUUCUUUCAAAUUACUUCUCUAAUGCAAAGAGAGGGAAUCAGUUUAAAAAUAGAGGUUAAAAUCGCGUAAGAAGAUUAUGCUCUCUUUUUAUAGGACGAAACAAACCACUUCCUUCGAACUCAUGUCACUGGUGCCAUUUCUCACGGAAACGAACGUGUCUUCAGCUUCAUCGACCUCAUGAGAUGGCCCAAUGACUCAAAUGUCACUUUAAAUGUGCCGCUGCGAAUAUUCAUAGAAAUUGCUGAGGUGAUUUUACUUUCCUAAGCCUUUUGACGAUUUGUAGUUGUUUUAUCAUUCUAACGAGGAACAAUAACUUAAUCAACACUCUUAGCACUCUCCAUACUUAAGGUACUUCGCAUAUGUUUUAGGAAGGACAGCUGCCCCCCUACCUGUUCCUUCAGAUGGACAACUCCAACAGUGAGUGCAAAAACAGAUAUAUUUUAGGUUUUUGCGUUCUUCUGGUUGAAAAUUAUUCAAGGAAUAUUCAAGGAGGUAAGACAUUAUCAAACAACGAAUGUGGUGUCAGUUGAUUUUUUUUUGUCAGGUUGAUUUACGGUUAUCAGGUUAUCAAUAUCUUUGGAAUAUUCAAGGAGGUAGCACAUUAUCAAACAACGAAUGCGGUGUCAGUUGAUUUUUUUUUUCAGGUUGAUUUACCGUUAUAAGGUUGUGUUGUUAAAACUCCCCAAUGAAUAAUUUUAUCCCUAUUAAUUCGCUUUGAUAUUAAUAUUACUAUUUAUUUUAAUUAUAUCUUUGUAUAGGUUUAUUUGUCGUUCCUUAUGGUUGGUCACACACACGAGGAUGUAGUUCAGGUAUGUAUACAUAGCAUUUGAGUCUAGACAUCAAGUCCAGUCUCCCUCCUGCUAAGUCAGGCCAUGGCUGCAGCAUUCAGCAACAGCGGCGAUCAAGUAUUAUUUUAAAACUUAGCUCGUUCUUUUUUUGCCAGGGCCUAAAUUUUGCAAAAUGCAAGGAUUAUUAGAGUAGUGUCAGUACUCCGUGCGUACCAUUAAUAGCUUGAAAGUGUCAAAUGAAAAGAUUUUUUUGUUUCACAGUUUUUCAGCAGAAUUUCGAAGAGGCUAAGAAGAAUCGACAGUAUGACACUGCAAGGGUUGUUGGAAAACAUCAGACAAGCACACACACCAGAGGCCGAAACCCAAGUACUGGAUUUUCUUUUUGACAUAAAAAAAUGGAUUGAGCCCUGUUUAAAGCAUAUAAAAAAUCAUAUUUAA